UCUAACAACAGGCCAGACCGCCUCUGACAGCGAAGAUACGUCUGGCAUUAAGGAAGCCAAACACUUGUAAAAAUUGUACUUUCUCGUGUGUGUUUUUUUAACCUUAAAUGUCCGGAUGGUGUAGAAGUAGAAGACACAUCAACAUGGGACACGUUUGGGAGCCGCUGUUGAAACUACGGGUGUCACUUUUCGCCUUUCUUCUCCUUCUUGUCGUCUCCCUUGGUGACGCCAGCUCCCCGACGCAGGACACGGUAGAAACUUACAACAAAUACUACAAUUAUGUCGACUUAACCGGGCUUGUGCAGUCACUGGCACAGAAAUACCCUCACAUAGCUAACCUGUCGAGCAUAGGUCAGUCUGUGGAGGGCAGGGAGCUCUGGGUGAUGCGUAUCACCAAAGACCCCAACAUGGACACACCAGGGAAACCCAGGUUUAAAUACGUGGGGAACAUGCACGGAGACGAAACCGUGUCCCGGCAGGUGUUGGUGUAUCUGAUAGAGUACCUCCUGACUCAUUAUGGGGAAGACUCACGCAUUACCGAGCUGGUGAACAACACGGAUAUUUACAUCAUGCCCAGUAUGAACCCUGAUGGCUUUGAGAAGUCCUUAGAGGGGGACUGUGGUGGAGACAAUGGGGGUCGAAAUAAUGCCAAAAAUAAGGACCUGAACAGAAGCUUUCCUGACCAGUUUGAUGGGACAACUGCAGAUCCAAAUAGUAUCCCCGAAGUCAUGGCUGUGAUCAAAUGGAUACAGGAGAAAAAGUUCGUGCUGUCGGGGAACCUGCACGGUGGUACCGUGGUUGCCAGUUACCCCUUCGAUGACUCAGCCUUGCACCAGCAGCAGGGCCACUACAGCCAAGCAGAGGACGACAGUCUGUUUCGUUACCUGGCCCUGGUGUACUCCCAGAACCACCCUGUGAUGAAGACUGGCCAACCCAACUGUCCCGAUGCUCCAGAGGAAACUUUUACUGAUGGCAUCACCAAUGGGGCGCAGUGGUAUGACGUGCCUGGUGGGAUGGAGGACUACAACUAUCUCUAUGGAAACUGUCUGGAAAUUACCAUGGAGCUGAGCUGCUGCAAAUAUCCUGCUGCUGCUGAGCUCCAUAAGGAAUGGGAUCUGAACAGGGAAUCAUUACUGUCCUACAUAGAGAAGGUCCAUAUUGGUGUCCGUGGCUACAUAAAAGACGCCGUCAGUGAUGCUGCUCUCACCAAUGCCAGUAUUUUGGUGUCAGGCAUCAACCACAACCUGACCACAGGACAGUAUGGAGACUACUACCGCCUCCUGAUCCCAGGAACAUACAACAUCACAGCUGUGGCCCGAGGGUACACAUCAAUGACGGUCCGCAGUGUCCAGGUCACAGAGGGCAAACCCACAGAGCUUAACUUCACCCUGGCACCUGUGGUGAAUAAUGCUGAGGGUGACAAGACUGUGUCCACAACCUCCUUGCCAUCCACCAGAGAUCCAAACCUCUCCACUACUACUACUACUACUACUACUAUUACUAUUACUACUACUACCAACGCCUCUGAGUCCACCCAGGUGGUACCGUCUGGUGAAAACGAGAGUAGCCCUCCUGUGGUUUCACCUGAACAGGAACCCAUUCAGCCGCAGGAAUUCCGCCACCACAACUAUGCAGACAUGGAGCUUUUCUUACGGAAGUACAACAGCGAGUUCCCAGCCAUUACCCAUCUUCACACUAUUGGCAGCUCGGUGAAAGGCCGGGAUCUCUUUGUGAUGGUCAUCUCAGACAACCCUACGGUUCAUGAGCAUGGUGAGCCCGAGUUUAAAUACGUGGGCAACAUGCAUGGUAAUGAAGUGGUGGGCCGGGAGUUAUUGCUCAACCUCAUUGAGUACCUGUGCCGUAACUAUGGCACUGACACAGAGGUCACUAAUUUAGUCAACAAGACCCGCAUUCACAUCAUGCCUUCUAUGAACCCUGAUGGUUAUGAGGAAUCUACUGAAGGUGAUGUAAAGGGACAUAAAGGACGCAACAACAGCAACAAUAUUGACCUGAACCGCAACUUCCCAGACCAAUUUGCCCUCAUCAGAGAUCCCAGGCAGCCGGAGACUAUUGCUAUGAUGAACUGGCUGAAGAGCCACCCCUUUGUCCUGUCAGCCAACCUCCAUGGAGGUUCCUUGGUGGUUAACUAUCCUUAUGAUGAUGACAAAGAAGAGAGGACACAGUACAGCGCGUGUCCUGACGACGAGGUCUUUAAGCAGGUGUCCUUAGCCUACUCACAGGAGAACCCUCUGAUGCACAAUGGACACCCUUGUGAGGACCUGUACCCUGGGGAAUAUUUUGAGGAUGGCAUCACCAAUGGUGCAAACUGGUACAAUGUUGCUGGCGGCAUGCAGGACUGGAACUACUUAAACACAAACUGUUUUGAGGUCACCCUGGAGCUUGGAUGUGUUAAGUACCCCAUGGCCAAAGAACUGCCAAAAUACUGGGAGCAAAACCGACGGGCAUUACUCAAGUUUAUGCACCAGGUCCACAGUGGAAUAAAAGGCACUGUCUCAGACACACGGGAUAGUGCAGGCAUUCCCAAUGCCACCAUUACUGUGGAGCACAUAGACCACAACGUCACCACGGCCCAAACUGGAGACUAUUGGAGACUGCUGGUACCCGGGACAUAUUCUGUUACUGCCUCAGCUCAUGGAUAUACACCAGUGACGACGUAUGCCACAGUUUCAAAGCAUGGAGUAGAGAUGGUGGACUUUAGACUGACACGGAUACACACAGAACCUAAUUUCCAAUCUCCCAAAGGACCCCAAGCCACACAAAACCCGUCUGAGAAGGAGUUCCAGAGCUUAAUCAGGGACCUCUCCCUUGGCCAGGGUUUGGAGCAGCUGGUGAAGAGCACAGCCUCAGAGCACAGCUUCCGCUACAAACCCUACAAAGAGCUGUCUGGUUUCCUUAGAGGCCUCACCCUCAACUUUCCCAAAAUUACAUCAUUACGAAGUUUGGGCCAAAGUGUGGAGUUUCGAACCAUAUGGGCUCUGGAAAUCUCUAACAAACCAGAGGAGACUGAACCGUCUGAGCCCAAAGUCCGCUUUGUAGCAGGGAUCCAUGGCAAUGCCCCAGUGGGCACAGAGCUGCUGCUGGAGUUUGCUACGUUUCUGUGUAUGAACUACGGCAAGAACCCAGCCAUUACUAGGCUGAUCAAUGAGACACGCAUUGUCAUUGUGCCAUCCAUCAACCCAGAUGGAAGAGAACAAGCAACUGAGAAACAGUGCACAUCCACUCAGGGCUUGACCAAUGCUCAUGGAAAGGACCUGGACACAGACUUCUUUGGUAAUGCGUCACAGCGUGUGGUGGAGGCUCAGCCAGAGACCAGGGCGAUGAUGGACUUGAUCCUAGAUAGGGGAUACACACUGUCUGUGGCCCUUGAUGGAGGCUCCCUUGUUGCUACCUAUCCUUAUGACAAGCCUGUCCAGUCUGUUGAAAAUGAGGGCACUCUGAAGUACUUAGCAAGUGUUUAUGCCAACAACCACCCCAAGAUGCACCUCGGGGACACUGGAUGCUCAAAUAACGUGGGCAACAUCCCAGACGGAGUUAUGAGGGCUGCAGAGAGACAAAGUCACAUGGGGAGCAUGAAGGACUUCAGUAUGGACUUUGGCCACUGUCCAGAAAUCACAGUGUACUCUGGGUGCUGUCUUUUCCCCCCGGCUGAGCAGCUGACCAUGCUCUGGGCAGAAAACAAGAAGCCUCUCCUCAGCAUGAUAGUGGAGGCCCAUAAAGGUGUGCGUGGUGUGGUGAGGGACAAGAGCAGAAAGCCUAUUGUUGGUGCCAUCAUUGUACUGAAUGGUGGAGUGAGAGUCUUCUCUGGGGAGCAAGGCUACUUCCAUGCACUUCUGGCUCCAGGCAACCACAACAUUGAAGCUGUUGCUGAUGGCUAUCAACAACAACGACAAGAGGUGGUGGUAUCUUCCUAUGAAGCAGCUAGCUCCAUCAUCAUUGAGUUUGACAUGGACAACAACAUCUUUGGCCUUCCCAGAGAGUUUGUGGUGGCCAGUGCAGCAGCCUCCAUGACAGCAUUGGUGGUGACGGCAUGCAUCAUCUGGUGCGUGUGCGCAGCCAAGUCUAAUCACCAGAAAGAUGGCUUCCACCGCUUGCGGCAGCACCGAGAUGAAUAUGACGACGAGAUCCGGCUCACUUCUAUGGGCUCCAAGAAGUCUCUGCUCGCUCACGAGUUUCAGGAUGAGAGCGAAAGCGAUGAGGAGACACUUUAUGCCAACAAAAUCUGAGAACCAUUGCACCAAUUUGGUUGUUGGCUCAGUAUUUUAUUUUGAUUCCCCCUUAAAUUUAAUUCCCGGCCAACAAGGAACAGGUUGAACUCUGGGCAGCGUUUCUGUUAGUGCUACAAAAUUGAUAGUUUUGAAAACAUCCUGCUGCUGUCUGGACUGAAGGGCUGCCUUUUUUGUGCUCCAUCUCUGCCUGACUGGAUCAGGAGAGCGGGAGAGACGGGGGACAAAGAGAGGGAGAAGGAAAGUAAGGUUUAGUCUACUCAUCCGUCCUUAUAGCAGGUUUUGAGUCCCACAGCUGCUUCAUUUCCGAGCCACACAAGAGUCCUCUCGUAGACCACUCACUACCUGUCCUGCCUGGCUAAGGGUUCCAGCCGAUAAGUCCAAAUAGACCUCUUGUUCAGUGGAUGUGUAAUGAACUCUGGAUGGAAGUGCUUAAUCUCACACAAUUCCCUCUGCCCCCCUCUCUGAUGUCAUCACCAUACAUUUGAAUACAGCUUUGAGCUAGGUAAUGAGAAAUGGAGUCUGUUUUAUUUUAUCCAAGUCAGCAUUGCAACAUCGACGUGUCCGAGCCUUUGGGAGACUGAAUCCAAUACUGUGCCUUGGCUUCUGCAAAGUUACAGUCCACUCUGGCUGUAGUAUGCGACAGAAAGCAGCAACAUAGUGAGUAGAUAACAGGUGACCCAUGCUGGAAUUUGAUCCAUCCGUUACUCAGGUGGUAGGAAAAAGUAAGAAAUCGCUUAAAGGACUGCUGAAUUCCCAUGUUGCACUGCGCUGGCCUGCCUGGGUUCAGUAGUUUUGUAUUUUUUGCAGUGAGCUAACACGCUGUGGCCAAAAUCAUAAUGGGAACAAGCAUCUCAAGAGCUUUAAAGCAUCAGGGAGAAUCCAUCACCAAGCUUGAACGCAAACCCUUAUCAGUUAGUGCAGACGGGCGCUGCUGUAUGCAUGGACGCCACUUUGCACUAAAUAGAAAGCAAGGAUCGUCCCAUAUCAUUGGCCAAGGAGAAACUGAGGUUAAAUAUGUAAUAAUGAAAAGAAGAAUGUAUGUUUUGUUUUUUUUCCUUUUUGUUUUAAAUAUAGGUUUGUUGUGGGAUAUUUUCAAACUGUCUGUACAUGGAAAGUUACUGCUGACUUUCAUGCAUGUCACAUCAAGUGUGCCCUGUUUUUUUGGUCCAUUCUCACCAUGUCUAUAAUCUGUCACAGUAAAGAUUAUCAAUUUUUGUUUUCAUCUUAAUGUUUGAGCGUUUUCCCCCACUAAAAACAUUACUUUGGACUACAAAAGUCACACUAUGGUUGUCCGUCCAUUAAUCAUCAUUGUCUGGGAUCAAAGUUAAAGCCACCAUUACCACACCAGUUAAAGGUCCAGUGAUAAGGAAACUUAAAGAAUUCACACACAGCUAAUAAUCCAUAAUUUUGCUAAUGCUAAAUGGACCUUACACGAUUUACUACUACUACUACUACUACACAAAGAACAUUUAAAGUUACACUUAGUUCUUAACUAUCAGUGUUAGUGUUAAUUGGACUCAUUAAAGGUUUAGUAUGCACUGUUAAAGAGUGCUUCAGACAGUUAGGCACACUGAAUGAGGCCACUGACAGAUUCCCUUAGUGGCUUUAAGGAGCAACAUGAAUGGGUGAAUGGACACAUCAAGGGAGCAGGUUUGUGUACAGACAUAAAAGUAAAGUGGAAACUGAUGUGAAGAAGAAAAAAAAACUCAGACUUUUGUUGGUAUUCCUUGGCUGAAACGUCCACUCUGGUUCAGAUUUGUAUUCUAGCAAAUCAGGAAAACAGCCAAAAACCAAAAAAAAAAAAAAAAAUGAAAUCCUUUAAAGCUCAAGUAUUCUUAACCGAAUUGUAAUCGUUACACUGGAUCAUAUAUCAGUUAAAUAAUCACUUCAUACCAAAUAUCAGGUGGCUAUUAAAUUAAUGCUAUGCAUGUAUUUCCUCUCAGUAGUUUGAAAGAAUACACACUUGUUCACCUAAAUACAUGGUCACUAAAGAAACUGCCUUGAUUUCCACUUUCUUUGAGAGGAGAUUCCUUCCUUCUCCCUUUUAAAGAAUGCAGCUUUCACCAGUAACAUUAAACCUGAUGUCUGUGUAGAGAGACAGUUUUGUAUAUUAUUUGUCUUUCUUAAACUGUCUGUGAGUGCGCGAGUGCUUGUGUGUGUGUGCUUGUGUGUGUGUGUGAGAUUUGCAAGUUAAGCGUGUGUUAGGGUCACGCAGUGUUGGUGUGAAGAUUUUAUAUAAACUGGAAUCAACUGUAUAUAAUGUUUGCCAAUUGUGAAUGGGGCAGGGGGGAAAUAAGUGCAAUUUAUGUUCACCAUCAAUCUACACACAACAAAAUGUUUCAUAUAAACUUUGUGUGUGUGUGACAUGCUUAUAUGCACCACAAACUCAUGAAAAACAAUGAAAUAAAACAUCUCACAAUGA